UCCCUUUUAAGGAGCGGGCAUGGCGGGUGCGGCUCCCGCGCUCCUUUCCUCCUCCGCGAGAGGCGCCCCGCCAAGCCUCGCUCUCUCUUCCGCGGAAGGAACGAGAAGAGCCCAAGAUGGCGGUCGCCUCAGGGACAGCGAUCACCUCGGAGCAGCAAAGUUCUAAUGGUCCCGUGAAGAAAUCGAUGCGUGAGAAAGCUGUGGAGCGGAGGAAUAUUAACAAAGAACACAACAGUAACUUCAAGGCUGGAUAUAUUCCAAUUGAUGAAGAUCGUCUGCACAAAACUGGCUUGCGAGGCAGGAAAGGCAACUUGGCCAUUUGUGUGAUUGUCCUCCUAUUUAUUUUGGCUGUCAUCAAUUUGAUUAUCACGCUUAUCAUCUGGACUGUAAUUCGCAUUGGACCCAGUGGCUGUGACAGCAUGGAGUUUCAUGAUAGUGGCUUAUUGCGAUUUAAACAAGACUCUGACAUGGGAAUUAUACAUCCAUUGUAUAAGAGCACAGUUGGAGGUCGACGUAAUGAGGAUUUGGUGAUUGUUGGAGAGAAUCAGCCAAUUGUGUUUCAGCAAGGGGAAACAAAACUUAGUGUUGCAAAGAAUGGAACCUCAAUUACAAGUGAUAUUGGUAUGGAAUUUGUUGACCCACGGACUCAGAAUACUUUGUUUAGCACUGACUAUAAUACUCACGAGUUUCAUUUGCCAACUGGAGUAAAAAUUUUGAAUGUUCAAAAAGCAUCUACGGAGAGGAUUACCAGCAAUGCUACCAGUGAUCUGAAUAUAAAGGUUGAUGGACGUGCCAUUGUCCGUGGAAAUGAAGGUGUUUUCAUCAUGGGCAAAACCAUAGAGUUUCAUAUGGGGGGCAAUAUGGAACUGAAAGCAGAUAAGAGCAUUGUUCUAAAUGGAAGUGUGAUGGUCAACACAGCUCGACUGCCGAGUCCUUCACAUGGGGAGAAAUUAAACAAUGGCGACUGGGAACGCUACAAACUUUGCAUGUGCUCUGAUGGGACUCUAUUCCGCAUUCCAGUUAAGAGCCGCAACAUGGGUUGCCAAACCUCAGUUAAUCCCUGCGGUAAUACAUAUUAAAAGCAAAACAGGGCACUAUCAAACGAGGAGGAGUUUAAGUUUAAAACAGUUGCAUGUUUGAAAGUUUUUGUUGUUGUUGUUUUUUACCACACUUGUAAAAGAACUACAUGGAGCACUUUUUUUACCCUGGACACUGCAUUGAACAGAUUCUUUUAAAUAUGAGUCGUAUCAUCAGACCAUUUGUGCUACAUAUUGCUGUAUUUCAGUAAGGUACUUAAGUACAUUCAUCACUCCAGAAGUACUUUAGGAUAUAGCUGAAUUGAAGUCACUGAAAUCUUUGCAAAGGGCCUAAUGGCGCAUGGUGCCAAUCUCUGGCUUAUCUCACUUUUGCAAGCGUACUUUCUGCAACUGGUCCGUGAGGACCUUCAGAUGUGCAGAUAUGCAUGUGAGAAUAGGGUGACCACACCCACUACUGGCAUGUGGGCUUUUGAAAAUUGGCUGGGUGGUGAGCAUGGCCUUGUGCCAAAAAUGGCUAGCCAUGCCUUGGCUAAAGGUUGUGUGCCUACAUGGCAGUCUUCAUUCAUGUGCCCUCUAGCAGGGCAUGAUCUACUUACUUAUACCCCACCCUUUGUUUUCAUAUAUGCCUCAACAGAAUAUGCUGAGCAGUAUUUGUGGGGAAAACACGUCUGAACAGUGGUGCUUUGAAUCUUUUAGGAUUAUGCAGAGACUCUUCACAACAGCACAAGUUUCCAUAUAAAUAAGUUGGCAUUUCAUCUGGGCAAAUAUCACAAAUGAGAUUAGUUUUUAAAAGUCUUUGGGUGCUUCAGGGUGUCGAGUACAUUCUGUUUGAUCUCCCUUUUUUGCCCCUCCUGUGAGUUGUCUCUCUGCAAAAUAUUUAUAACAAAGGAGAGGCUCUACAGGAACAAAAUUCAGGAACAGUUAUGAAAUAUUUUGAAGUACAGGGCGCCAUCAAUUGGCUUCCCUCUGCUGUCUUCAUAGGUUCUGCAUUUUAUUUGAAUAUUAUAAAUUUUUUAAAGCCUGCUUUUAGCAAUAGUAAAAACAGCUUAUUUUCCCACAGAGAAAAAUAACAUUCUUGAGAUAAAUAAUUUUAGUUUAAACUGCUUUUUAAACGAGAAAAAAAUUGGAAGGCAGUUCAGAGACUAAUUGGGAGAUUUAAAAAAAA